AACAUAUAGUUAAUUUAGACAGAAGUUAUGGCGUCCUCUUUGUAUCAUUUAAAAUUUGUGUACUUGCUUUCUUUUCUCUCAACAUUUCAUCUUAUAGCCACUCGCUCUUUUUCUUCUGUGCGGCCUCUUUGUCGUGGUGAUGAAAGGUCUUACUUGUUGCAAUUUAAGGACAGCUUUGUCAUCAACAAGUCCUCUUCUUCUGAACCGAGGGCUUAUCCCAAGGUUGCAUCCUGGACAUUAGAAGGAAACAACAAUGACUGCUGCUCAUGGGAUGGGGUAGAGUGUGAUGAGUUCACGGGCCAUGUGAUUGGCCUUGACCUCAAUAGUAGCUGUCUCUAUGGUUCUCUUAACUCCACCAGCAGCCUUUUCCAUCUUGUUCAUCUUCAAAGGCUUAAUCUCGCUGACAAUCAUUUUAAAUACUCUCAAAUCCCAUCCACCGUUUCCAAGCUAUCUAAACUAACUCAUCUUGAUCUCUCUGCUUCUGCGUUUGCUAGUCAAAUCCCAUUAGAAGUUUCACAAUUGUCCCAAUUGUCAUCCCUCAAUCUAAGUGGAAACGCUUAUUUAGAACUCAAGAAGCCUAGUUUGAGAAGUCUAGUUGAAAAUUUAACCUGCCUAGAAAAACUUGAUUUGAGAGAGGUGGAAAUAAUCUCCAUGGUGCCUAAUAUCUUGGCAAAUUCGUCUUCUUUAACCUCCCUCGGACUCCGUGACUGCGGAUUGUAUGGGGAAUUUCCAGUUGGCAUCUUCAAGCUUCCGAAUUUACGAGUUCUUGAUAUGCGGCAGAAUGAAGGUCUCACCGGCCAUUUGCCUAACUUUCAAUGGAGUAACACCCUUGAGAUAAUGAAUCUUGCAGUAACAAGUUUCUCAGGUAAGCUACCUACUUCAAUCGGAAAAAUUGGGUCUCUGAAUACAAUUUUAAUAUGGGGUUGCAACUUCUCUGGGUUCAUUCCAUCUUCACUUGGCAACCUCACGCGUCUAAAUUCUCUGGAUCUUUCAUUUAACACUUUCGAGGGCCGCAUUCCGUCUUCCUUUGGAAACCUCAUCCAACUUUCUUCUCUAGGCCUUGCCGGUAAUAAAUUCACUGGUCCAAUUCCUUUUGAGCUUGCAAAUUUGACACAACUAACUGCCUUGAGUCUUGUUGGCAAUGAGUUUGCAGGCCAGAUUCCAAGCUUAAUCUUUAACCUUACAAAUCUAGAAUUUCUUGCUCUUUCCAGUAACUACUUUAGUGGCACUGUGGAGUUUGACAAGUUUGUAAAACUCAAAAAGUUAACUGCGUUGCGUCUAUCUUAUAAUCAAAUAUCAUUAGUUGAAAGUGAAACCAGUGCCAAUAGAACCUUUCAAAAGUUUGUAAGUUUAGGCUUGGCUCAGUGCAACUUGAGUAAGUUCCCAGAUUUCCUAGCAAAGCAAGAUGAAUUGGAGUUGCUAGACCUGCACGGCAACAAUAUUCAUGGUCAAGUACCAGAAUGGGUUUGGAACAUGAGUAAUGAAAGUUUAAAGGCUGUCGACCUUUCUGACAACUUUCUUACAAGCCUCGGUCAACAUCCCAUUCUUCUUCCAUGGACCGAUCUGGCCAUUUUAGACAUUUCGUCUAACAAUAUCCAAGGAUCACUUCCAAUUCCAUCAUCUUCCACUUUGCAAUACCACGCAUCAAACAAUUCAUUCAUUGGAAAAAUUUCAGAAUUGAUUUGUAAUCUGAGUUCUCUUCAAGUCCUUGAUUUGUCAGAGAACAACUUAAGUGGUCCACUUCCUCAAUGCUUGCACAGCUUUGGUGAUUCUUUGGUCGUAUUGGAUAUACGAAGGAACAAACUCGAAGGAAGCAUCCCACAAACUUGGGCAAAUGGAAGCAAAGCAAUGAUAAUUGACUUCAGCCAAAACAAAUUCCAAGGGUGGUUACCAAGAUCUUUGGCCAAGUGUAUAACAUUGAAGGCCCUUGAUCUCAGUAAUAACCAAUUCAAUGAUACUUUCCCCUCUUGGUUAGGAGGCCUUCCAAAUUUGAAGAUUCUCAUUUUGCGGUCCAACAAAUUUUACGGACCAAUAAAGAUUCACAGCGUGAAUUAUGAGUUUCCUAACUUACAAAUCGUUGACCUCUCAUAUAAUAGUUUUACUGGAAUGUUGCCAGUAGAAUUAUUUCAAAAUUCCAAUUCUUCCAGAUCUGAUCGUGCAUACCACUUAUCAUAUAUUCAAGUAGACUCAUCUUUUGUAAUGAAAUACAGUUAUCAGAAUAUCAUAUAUCGGUUUAAGUAUAGUUUCUCAAUGAUGAUGACAAACAAAGGAGUGGACACAAUUUAUGAGAAGGUCCAAGAAAUUUUCACAGCCCUUGAUUUCUCUAGUAAUAGAUUUGCAGGAGACAUUCCAGUAUCAAUCGGAAAUAUAAAAGUACUUCGUUUGCUCAAUCUUUCCAAUAACAUUCUCACUGGCCAGAUCCCACCAACAUUAGGAAAUCUUACAGAGUUGGAAUCAUUGGACCUUUCUCAAAACAAGCUCGUAGGUGAGAUUCCACAACAGCUAACACAACUUACUUUCUUGGAAUCCUUCAAUGUUUCUCAUAAUGAUCUUGUGGGGCUUAUACCACAAGGGAAACAAUUUGAUACAUUUCAAAACAGUUCAUUUGAAGGAAAUUCAAAAUUGUGUGGAAACCCAUUGUCAAAGAAAUGUAAGUAUUACGAGUCUUUACCACAUUUACCUUCAACCUCGGAAAAGAGUCAAGAUUCGGGGUCUAUACUUCAAUUUGGUUGGAGAACUGUUAUGAUUGGCUAUGGAUGUGGACUACUUGUUGGGGUGACUAUUGGGCAUAUUGUGAUUGCAAAGAAUCCUGUUUGGUUAAUGAAGACUUUCGGAGUGAGGCAACCUGUACCAGGAAGAAAGGUUUGAGGGAAGAGACAUUAGAAAUUGAAUUAUAUAUAUAUAUAUAUAUGUAUUUGCUAAGGU